AUGUUUGGCCUCUUCGACAAGAGCCAGAAGAUCAAGGGUACUGUGGUGUUGAUGCCAAAGAAUGUGUUGGACGUUAACGAGUUAAACGCAGUGAAGAAUGGAGGUGUUGAUGGUUUUGUCUCCGGUGUCUUCGACACCGUGACCGACGUAGCUGGUCAAGUAGUUGAUUCUGCAACUGCCAUCUUCUCCCGUAAUGUCUCCUUCAAGUUGAUCAGUGCAACCUCCACUGAUGCAAAGGGAAACGGGAAAGUUGGAACGGAAAGUUAUCUAGAGAAGCAUAUUCCGACGUUACCAACCUUGGGAAAUAGACGAGAUGCAUUCAACAUUCAUUUUGAAUGGGAUUCUAGUUUUGGAAUUCCAGGAGCAUUUUACAUCAGAAACUUUACGUAUGAUGAGUUCUUCCUCGUUAGUGUCACUCUUGAGGACAUUCCGAAUCACGGAAGCAUUCAUUUUGUUUGCAACUCGUGGGUGUACAACUUUAAAAACUACAAAAAGGAUCGUAUUUUCUUUGCCAAUAAUACAUAUCUUCCAAGUGCAACACCAGCUCCACUAGUUAAGUACAGGAAAGAAGAGUUGGAGGUUUUAAGAGGAGAUGGAACUGGAGAACGCAAGGAAUGGGAAAGGAUCUAUGAUUAUGAUGUGUACAAUGAUUUGGGGAACCCAGAUAGUGACAAAAAUCUUGCUCGUCCAGUUCUUGGAGGCUCAAGCACCUAUCCCUACCCUCGUAGGGUUAGAACUGGUCGAAAAGCCACCAAGAAAGAUCCUAAAAGUGAGAGACCUGCAGGCGAGAUUUAUAUGCCAAGAGAUGAAAAAUUCGGUCAUUUGAAGUCCUCAGAUUUCCUCACAUAUGGAUUAAAAUCCACUUCUCAAGAACUCUUACCUUCUCUUGAAAACGUUUUUGACUCAGAUUUCACAUGGAACGAGUUUGAUAGCUUCCAAGAAGUGCGUGACUUGUUUGAAGGUGGAAUUAAGCUACCAACAGGUGUACUUAGUGACAUUAGUCCCUUACCAAUCUUCAAGGAAAUUUUCCGAUCUGAUGGUGAAAGUGUCCUUCAAUUUCCACCACCUCAUGUUGUCAAAGUUAAUAAAUCUGCAUGGAUGACUGAUGAUGAAUUUGCAAGGGAGAUGAUUGCUGGUGUAAACCCAAACGUAAUUCGUUGUCUUCAAGAGUUCCCACCACAAAGCAAGUUAGAUCCCACUCUCUAUGGUGAUCAAACUAGCACCAUAACAAAAGAAAAGUUGGAGAUUAACAUGGGUGGGGUCACAGUGGAAAAGGCACUUAGUGCAAAGAGAUUAUUCAUAUUAGAUUAUCAAGAUGCAUUCAUUCCGUAUUUGACGAGGAUAAACAAACUACCUACUGCAAAAGCCUAUGCCACCAGAACAAUCCUAUUCUUGAAAGAUGAUGGCACUUUGAAGCCACUUGUCAUCGAAUUAAGCAAGCCACAUCCAAGUGGAGAUAAUUUGGGUCCUGUUAGCAAAGUGGUGUUGCCUGCAAUUGAUGGUGUUGAUAGCACAAUCUGGCUAUUGGCCAAGGCUCAUGUAAUAGUAAAUGACUCUGGUUAUCAUCAGCUCAUGAGUCAUUGGUUAAAUACUCAUGCAGUGAUGGAGCCAUUUGCCAUAGCAACAAACAGACAUCUCAGUGUGAUUCACCCCAUUUAUAAACUUAUUUACCCUCAUUAUCGUGAUACCAUAAAUAUCAACGCACUUGCUAGACAAAACCUGAUUAAUGCAGGUGGCACUAUAGAGCAAUCAUUUUUGCCUGGACGGUAUUCUAUGGAGAUGUCUUCAGCUGUUUACAAGAAUUGGGUUUUCACCGACCAAUCAUUGCCAGCUGAUCUCAUCAAGAGAGGAUUGGCAGUUGAGGAUCCCUCUGCUCCUCAUGGCCUUCGUCUUGUGAUAGAGGACUAUCCUUAUGCUGUCGAUGGACUUGAAAUAUGGGAUGCUAUCAAGACAUGGGUCCAAGAUUAUGUCUCCUUGUAUUAUCCAACAGAUGUGGCAGUUCAAAAAGAUACUGAACUCCAAGCAUGGUGGAAGGAAGCUGUAGAGAAGGGUCAUGCUGACUUAAAAGAUAAGCCUUGGUGGCCUAAAAUGCAGACUCUUCAAGAGCUUAUUGAAUCAUGUUCUACUAUCAUAUGGAUUGCUUCAGCUCUCCAUGCAGCUGUUAAUUUUGGACAAUACCCUUAUGGAGGUUUUAUCCUGAACCGUCCAACUCUCAGCAGAAGGUUUAUCCCAGAGCCAGGAACCAAAGAAUAUGAUGAGAUGGUGAAGAGUCCACAAACUGCUUAUUUGAGAACCAUCACAUCAAAGCGUCAAACCAUCAUUGAUCUUACAGUGAUAGAGAUUUUGUCAAGGCAUGCUUCUGAUGAGAUCUAUCUUGGGGAGAGAGAUAAUCCGAAUUGGACAUCAGAUUCAAAGGCAUUAGAAGCCUUCAAAAAGUUUGGAAGCAAGUUGACAGAAAUUGAAGGAAAAAUCACAGCAAGGAACAACAAUUCAAGUAUGAAAAACCGAUGUGGACCAGUUGAACUUCCAUACACAUUACUCAUUCCUUCAAGUAAGGCAGGGUUGACGUUCAGAGGAAUUCCCAACAGUAUCUCCAUCUAA